CAGGCAGCUUUAUAUGGUGGGUUUGUGUUCCUUGCUGUCAGGUUCUCCAGAGAUGGAAACAAGGAGGUUAGAGGGGAAAUGGGAGAAUGAAGAGCCGGACACUGAGGAUCCUCUGGACACAAUAAAGAGGGAAAUGGAUCCCGUUCCUGGGGCCGCUUCCCCAGAGCCACAACCACAAAUAUUACAGAUAAAGAUAAAGGAGGAAGAACCAGACUAUCAUGAAUAUCUGAACCUAAUUGGGAGUGUGGAAGAUGCACUUAUUGAAGAGGAUUCCCAAGAGGAGGAACUGGAAAUACUGCAGGUAAAGAUAAAGGAAGAAUCUGACCCUGAUGAUGGAAGUGAGAAUCUUACUGAUGGGGAUUUUUGCUCAAACGGUGAGAAGAGAUUGGGAUUCUCCAGAUCCCCAUCAGAGGCGUCUGGUUGCAUUAACCCCUCGAGUACAUUACACAGAGACAGUCAUCUGCUGCCCGGCUGCACUACUAGAGCCAAAAAAUCGGGUUUUAUCUGCUGUAAAUGUGAGAAAAGCUUCUCCGCUCAGAGCCAUCUCCUCCGCCACUUCCGCUCCUGUAAAAGGAAGAUUCAUUCUAAUGGGCAAAAUGAAAAGGCCACAGCCAAUAGGCCGCCAAUGAGUACAGAGGAUGAGAAAGCCAUCAGUACUGAGUACCAACGGGCCAACACAGGAGAGAAACCAUUUCCUAGCAAGAAUAACCUCCUGGAGAGUUGCCAAAAGGAAAAACCAUUCACCUGCACGGAAUGUGGGAAAAGCUUCUCCCAGAAGAGGGUGCUGUUAAAUCACCACAGGAUUCACACCGGGGAGAAACCAUUUGCCUGCACUGAAUGCGUGAAGAGCUUCUCCCAUAAGAACAGUCUUAUGAUACAUGAGAUGAUCCACAAAGGAGAGAAACCCUUCCUAUGCACUGAAUGUGGCAAAAGUUUUCCUCACAAGAGUUACCUGCAGAGCCACCUAAAAAUCCACACAGGAGAGAAACCCUUUACCUGUAAAGAAUGUGGGAAAAGCUUCUCUCACAAGACCAGCUUAUUAAUACACGAUGCUAUUCACAAAGGGGAGAAGCCCUUCUCAUGCGCAGAAUGUGGCCUGAGCUUUUCCCAUAAGAACAACCUGCACAGCCACCAGAAGACUCACACCGGGGAGAAACCAUUCACCUGUAAGGAAUGCAGGAAGAGCUUUUGUCACAAGAACAAUCUUCUGAGGCACGAGAUGAUUCACAGAGGGGAGAAACCCUUCACGUGCAAAGAGUGUGGGAAAAACUUCUCUCGCAAGCUCAACCUGAUGACACACGAGGUGAUACACACUGGGGAGAAACCAUAUGCCUGCACAGAAUGCGGGAGAAGUUUUUCUCACAAGAACAACCUUCGGAGGCAUUAUAUGACUCACAAAGGGGAGAAACCGUUCACCUGCGCGGAGUGUGGGAAAAACUUUUCUCAUAAGAACAGUCUGCAGAGACACCAGCUGACUCACAGAGGGGAGAAACCCUUCUCAUGUGCACAAUGUGGCAAACCCUUCUCUGCAAAGCAUAGCCUCCAGAAACAUCAGACAAUGCACAUCACUAUGAGGAUCAGAGACCCUUCAAUCUACGCACAGACCGAGACCCCGCCCAUUUCCAACAUGGAGUCACACGUGUCCCGGGCCCAAGUGACUGAGCCUGAGAAAUUGCCCUUAAAGGUAAAGGAAGAAAAACAGGAAUCUGAAGAUCGUCCAAACCCAAUGGAAAGAUCAGCAGUUGAUUUGGAGGCACAGACAGAAAUAUUGAAGAUGAGCAUCAAAGAAGAACCUGAUGUUAAUGAAGUUUCAAACCCAGUGGAAACUGUGACCGGUACAGACAGGGAUUGUCAGAAUGAAGAAGACAACUGGGGCCCUAAAAAGUCCAAACCUUCGUUAAGACUCCGGAGCUCGCAAGUGUCAGAAGCCAGGAAGGUGAUCCGAAGUUCUGGCGUGUUUCCGAGGCUGAUGCUGCACAAAUCGGUGGCUAGGUCUGAGAGGGAGGCUAGGGCGAGACUCGAGGAAGACUCCGCAAGCACCAACAUAUUGUGUUUUAUCUGCUGCAAAUGUGGCAAAGGUUUUCCUCUGAACAGUGAUCUACUCACCCACGACUGCACCCAUUCUACAAAUAAUAAUAAUAAUACCAAAGCCACCAAUAAACGCAAGAGAGGGCGUCCGAGGAAGAAUCCGGUUAACCUUACUGAAGCCCCCGAUAAGCAAGACAAUAAUAAACCUAGUGAAGAAGCAGAGCAGGAGGUCAGUAAUGGUGAGAAGUCUUACACGUGUCCAAAAUGCGGCGAAGGCUUUUCCCUAAAGUCCGACUUUCUAUCGCACAAGAGGAGCCACAAAACCGAAAAGCCUUAUAAAUGCAAAGAAUGCGGGAAGGGUUUCUCCCGCCACACCAGCCUGUUAUCCCACGAGUCGUUACACACCGGAGAGACGUCUUUCCCAUGCACUGAAUGCGGGAAAAUUUUCCCUCUAAUGAGAACCCUUCUGAGCCACCAGAAAGUCCACCGAGGGGAGAGACCCUUCAUAUGUUCACUCUGUGGGAAAGGCUUUACCCUCAAGUCCAGCCUCUCGGUUCACGAGAAGAUUCACACGGGGGAGAAACCGUUUGAGUGUAACGUAUGUGGCAAAUGUUUUGCUCUGAGAACAAUGCUCCACAAACACCAGAAAAAUCACUCUGGGGAAAAGCGAUUUUCAUGUGCAGAAUGCGGGAAAAGCUUCUCCCACAAAAUCACUCUUCUGUCCCACGAGAGGAUUCACACAGGGGAGAGACCCUUUACUUGCAACCAAUGUGGGAAAAGCUUCUCCCAAAAUGGCAAUCUCUAUCACCACCAGAAAAUCCACUCAGGGGAGAAACCCUUCACCUGCUCUGAAUGCGGAAAGAGCUUCUUCCAGAAGAAUAAACUUCACCGGCAUCAGCUGAUACACACAGGGGAGAAGCCGUUUAAAUGCGCAGAGUGCGGCCGAGGCUUCUCCCAGAACGGCAACCUCCGUACCCACCAGAAAGUCCACACCAAGGAAAAGAGUUUCAUGUGCUGCGAAUGCGGCGAGAGGUUCUCCGCUAAGUGCAGCCUUGAGAAACACGAGAGAAUUCACUCGAGCUAGAGACCUCUGGUAUGUGCCAGGGCCUUUGUAGCAAUGGAUAAGCCUCAAAGAUGGAACAUUAGGGGAAGAACUAUUUGGUCAGAUCUCUGCCAAGCAGAGUUGGUGGCACAUUCAUAUCAAGCUAGUCUCAUAGAUGCAUGUCCUGCAAACUAAAGGCUGCUUGGUUAUUCCCCUUGAAUUGCAUAUUGAUGCCGGUCUUAUCAUUUCUCUGGGCCAGGGAUCCUCUCGGACUGGUUAUUUGAAUGCUGUGGAUGAUGAGAAAAUGAAUCUCCAAACUGGACCCAUUAUGUUGGAGCAUACGAGUGGCCACCAUGACAGGUUUGCACAGCCGGUUGGCAGUUGAGCUGCUGACAUCCAGUUACAUCUUGGUUUGAUAGGCUGUACAGGCAACGAGCCUUUCCCCAGGAGCAAGUCAUUAUUACUGGAGUAAAGACUGCCUGCCACCAUUUACCUGCAUCUCAGCUGACACUUAGGUACAGCUGCUUCAAUACGGGGUCUACCCAAGUGCUUUCAGAAAAUUGCCCCUUACUUAAGCACUGCAAGAAAGUGACCUCUCCCAUCCCGGCAUUAGAAUUACUAGGAAUUUACUGUGUUCUGUACAGUUCUCAAGCAUCAUAGGUAGCACAUUGACACCCAAGGCUAGUACUUGAUUGGCUGGUUUCAUUGUCAAGGAAGAUAAGUCCUUGCUUCUUAGCCAAUGCCCUGUUCUGUGAAGCCGCUAGAGAUGUACCCAAUCCGGAAUCAUCCGCAAAGAACCAAGUUCAAACCCUAAAGGUGGCCAUAGAUGUAGAGAUCCGCUCGUUUAGUGAUGUCGCCAAAUGAGCAGAUACCUUCCCUAAUAUUCCCACAUUGAAGUGUUCGAUAUCGGGCUGAUGUGAUCGUGGGCUCUAGGGCCCAACGAUCGGAUCAUAAUGGGUCUGAUACGGGUGGUCGGAUCAAAUGCGACCGCAAUCCGACGGGAUUUUUUAACCUGCCCGAUCGAGAUCUGCCUGACUUUCGGCCAGAUAUGGUUUGGAGAAGCCCGUUGGAUGGCCCCAAACACAGGCCAAUAAGCUGCCGACUCGGUCUGUCAGAAGCUUUUAUUGGCCCGUGUAUGGGGGCCUUAACUUGCAUAUUCAGAUCUAUGAAAGAUGUGCCAAAUCCUGCAUUAAAUGCUUGGGGAGUAACAGCCGCUGAGACUGGUGAAUCUCUGGCAUUGUUGUAGCUUUCCUGAGAUGUAACUAUACACUAUUACCCGGGCUGCCUUUAUUUUCAGCCGUGGCACAAUAUCCAGGACAGCUGCGACAAAGUUACCAAUGUGUAUGUUGGCCAAAGACGGGACGUCGCACUAUAACUUUAUGCUUUGCAGUGCGGCUUCUCUAGGCACAAGGGGUAUUGGGCUAAGGGCUGCCUUGAAUUCCCCCCUUGCUGUGCUAUGUGACAUUUACUGCAGGAUUUGGUAUAAUGUUGAUUCAUAAUCCUUGUGUUGUUGGACAAUAAAAGGUUCAGAAUCCCUCCCUGGUGAUUUGGAAACUGUAGGUGAAUGUAAAAUUGAUGAGGGGGCUAUUCUAAGCACUUUUGCAAUUUAAAUUCAUUUUUUGUUUAUUUUU